ACGCGCACACACAUGCACACGCACGCAUGUAUAUAUAUAUAUAUGUAUGUAUAUAUACAAAUAAAUAGACAGAAAGAAAAACCGAACACAAGCUAAAUUGCGAGACACACCGCCAGGUCGUUGUCGUCGUAUGUACGUGGUAUGCACGCGAGAAAAUACACGCGCGCUCUGACGCAUUCGUGAAUAUCUUAACACAUACAUACAUAACUCUAUACAAACACACGCACAAGACACCUCUCGAAGACGGUUGAGAAAAACUAGUGGAUUAAAAAAUUACAUAUAUAUUUAUAUGCAUAAUAUAUAUAUAUGCACAUAUAUACCUGCAUUUGAAAUACCUGAAAGGAAUACAGCUGGAGUGUGUGUAUGCAUGCAUAUAUAUAUAUUUAUGUGUGUAUGUGUAUAUAUAUGCAUUAUGCAUACGUAAACAGGCUAGCAGGGAGUCUCACUGAUGUACAUUCAAGGCUAUGCUUUCCUGAUUGGUGAUUAAACAAUUCUGAGACGCCAUCCGCACCACAGAAAAAACACAAUAGGUUUUUGCAAGCACUUUGAAUCAAAGUAAAAGCAUUACCAAUGGCAAGAAUUUCUGAAAGAGGAACAACGAAAUAACAAUAACCAAAGAAAGACAACAGCUGAUCAACAACAACAAAGAUAACAAGAGCAGCAAAAAAGAAAAAAAACGAACAGCAUUUGAUAAAGAAAAAAACACCUAAAAAAAAUAACAAAAGACCAGAGGCAAAUAAUAAUAAUAACAAUAUUGAAGGUGUUGAAACUCACAUUGUUGACCUGCAGAGAAGUACCAUCCUGUAUUCCUCAAGAAUUCUAAGGCAGAUUCUUGAGAUUUGAGGAGACUUGUUGUUACCAAACAUCAAGAUAAAAUACCUGCUAACUAAAUUAGCAUGCACUAGCAUCAUAAUAAUAAUAAUAAUAAUAAUAAACACUUAGCAAAAAUAACAAAAACAGCAACGUACAUUAAGAACAAGUUGAUAUCAUCAUCUUUAUCACCAGCAUUGAAAGCUGUGAUAAGAACUGUAGUAGUAGUAGUAGCAGUAGUAGUAGUAGUAGUAGUAAAAGUAACAAGAUCAAAACUGACAAAAACAUUUGCAACAAAUACCAUCAUAGUCACCAUUGUUUUAGUGACCACCACCACCAAUACUACUACAGUCACUUAGAAUAGCAACAACAACAAUUGCCUACAUUACACAAUAGCAUCAUCAACAUCAUCGACAUGACCAUCACCACCAGCAGUCACAAGGAUUCUGUGAAACAGUAGUAGUAGUAGUAGCAGCAACAUCAUCAACCAUACGACCAGCAACAAUAACAAGAAUUUUUAUACGAAUCUGCAUCAUCAUUACCAUCACAAACCACACCUCCGCCACCGACGACAAGAUGUCGUUCACGACCACACCCACUCCACAGUACAUCGAUGAAGUGGAGAUUGACUCAGCUACAGACAGCUCAAUCAACUUAUCAUGGAGCGUGAAAGGCACAAGCCACUCAUCUUCACACAUCACCGGCUUUCAGGUACAUUUCCAGAAAGUGGCCAGCUCUUAUAUCCAAUACAGCGCAAUGUUGUCGUCAAUGACAACCAGUUAUAAGAUACGCAACCUCGUUGCUGACACCUUCUACAAGGUAUGCGUCGUGAUGUAUCGUAAUGACACAACACAGAAUGGAGGGGCAGGAGGGGUUGCACAGCAACGCCAAAAGUGCACAGAUGCUGGCACCGCAAGUUGGCACCUGCCAGUAUCUGUCGGGAGCAGUGUCGGUGCGAUCAUAGCACUCUCGCUUAUUGUGCUAAUGGUGCUCAUCGCACGCUGCCCCUCAAUCAUGCGACAUCGAAAGGGAAGUGCACAUGCAAGUGGUAAGUACGACAGCAUGACGACCAACCUGCAAGAUGACCACCUCGAGAUGAGUGAUACCACACUGCAUGUGCAUGAAGAAGAGGAGGAUGAAGGAGAAAACGAUGACGAUGAUGAAGGACAAGGUGAAGCAGCAGCUGCGGCUGCAGCAUUCACCGAUCAUCGGGGCAGCAUCCUUGUCGAAGUUCCAGUCUCAUUUCAUGAGCGCAUUUUUAAACAACAACAUCUGCAGCAGCAUCAUCACAACUGUCAGUCAGCACUGACCGAGGGCUACUGCAACGGUGGGAGCAGUAGUAGACACUCACGCCACCAACUCCGCCACCAACAAAGCCUCUCGUCACCACCUGCACCACGACCAGCACAACACUAUCUAUUACAUCGUGCUUCCAUUCCUCAUAUACAUCAUCACUCCUGCCAACAUCAACACCACAAGGAAGCCGAGUUUGUCUCGGCUUCGCAGCUCACUGAUUUUCCAGUGCCCCUCACCUACAUCUCAGAGGCGGAGCCUGGCUACCACAUUGCACCUGCUGUUAUAUGCCCUCACCAAGCAAGUGGCCACAGUCGGCGGGCACAUUUCAAGCGACAGGUCAGCAAGGGCAAAUAUGAGGGCAGUGCCAGUGAACAGCCCCACUGCAGCCAUCAGCAUUCGACAGUAGUGAAAAUUGAACCGCAACCAAAGCUUUCUAAUCCUAAGCCUGAAAAGCAACCCUCAAUGGACCUCACCAGUAGCUUAUAGGGGGUUCAAUGACUUGAUAAUGAAAGUACAGAGAUAAAAAGACAUAUAUAUAUAUAUGUAUAUAUAUAUAUAUAUAUAUAUAUACACACACACAUACAUUAUACACACUCUAUUUUAUAUAUUGAAUAAGUACAUAAGGUAGAGCAAAUUUAUACCAUGUGGAAAACCAAAAUUAUAUGUGUGUAUAUAUUUAUAAAUACACACAAAACAAAUUUACAUUAACAAACACAAACACACAUAAAUACAUAGAUAAAUGUAUGUUAGGGUUACGUUAUCAUGGGGAUUGGGGAGACCAUUCACUCAAGAAAAGACUUGAACGUAGAGUAGAAUAUAGACAUGUAUAUAUAUCUAUAUAUAUAUAUAGACAUGUGUAUGUAUAUGUUGUAUGUAUGU